UUCAGGGAGGUGGUACAAGCAAACUGUGUUCGCUGGAGAAAGAAGUUCUCAUUUAUGUGCAAAAUGAGUGCAAGUGCUGCCACAGGCAUCCUAGAUCCUUGUAUCUACAGAGUGUCUGUGAGGAAGGAAUUAAAAGGUGGAAAAGCUUAUGCAAAGCUGGGCUUUGCAGAUCUAAACCUGGCAGAGUUUGCUGGAUCAGGAAAUACCACUCGCCGCUGUUUACUGGAAGGCUAUGAUACCAAAAAUACAAGACAGGAUAAUUCCAUUCUUAAAGUUUUGAUCAGUAUGCAACUGAUGUCUGGUGACCCAUGUUUUAAAACGCCUCCCUCCACUUCAAUGUCUAUACCAAUUGCUGGCGAAUCUGAAUCUUUGCAAGAAGAUAGAAAAGGUGGAGAGACUCUCAAAGUGCAUCUUGGAAUAGCAGAUCUUUCAGCAAAGAGUGCCUCUGUUCCAGACGAACUUGGUGCCUGUGGACAUUCUAGAACAUCAAGCUAUGCAAGCCAGCAGUCAAAAGUAUCAGGGUAUAGCACAUGUCACUCCCGGUCAUCUAGUUUCUCUGAGCUCUGCCACAGAAGAAAUACCUCAGUGGGAAGCACAUCAACAGGAGUUGAAAGUAUUCUAGAGCCAUGUGAUGAAAUCGAGCAGAAAAUCACUGAGCCAAAUCUUGAUACAGCUGAUAAAGAAGAUACAGCUUCAGAAAAACUCAACAGAUGCCCAGUGAAACAAGAUUCUGUAGAAUCUCAGCUGAAGCGAGUUGAUGACACCAGGGUGGAUGCAGAUGACAUUGUGGAGAAAAUAUUACAAAGUCAAGACUUCAGCCUUGAUUCCAGUGCUGAAGAAGAAGGACUAAGGCUAUUUGUGGGUCCUGGGGGAAGUACAACCUUUGGCAGUCAUCAUCUUCCAAAUAGGGUGGGGUCUGGAGCUUAUGAACAAGUUGUGAUCAAACGCUAGAAGUCAAGCCGGUGAAAACAUUUCCCAGUGGAUUUAAGAUGUGAGUAGUUGAUGUAUCAAGGCAUUUUAUUCAAGCACUUAAUAGAAAAUGAAUCUCAACUAUCAAGAGGAAAGCCAAUGCUGAUUUCUUCUCUGGAAGGACC